AAAUAAUUUAAAUAGUUGAUAAGUGUGACAAAGUCAGCCAUAUUAAUUAAUCAUACAAGAACAAAUUAAUUGCGUUUGUUAAUUUUAUCUGUCAAUUUUGUUCUUGUAAUUAAUAUUUGUGAAAAUUCACAAAUCAGUGAACAAAUGACGUUGAAAGACAAUAUCAUUAUGGAAAAUAAAAUCACGGAAAAAGAAAUGGUUGACCCUGGAGCUACAUCAGAACGAGAGGAAGGUGAAAUUAGUGAUCUUGAUUUAGAAGAUGUGUCUGAUUGUUCAUUAAGCUCAAAUAAGUCAUACCACAAAGGCUAUCAAAAAUCAAGACAAGCACGUGAUACGCUAUAUUUUAGUUGUGUAAGUGAAAAUGAUUCGGAUUCUGAUGUUAUUCCAAGCUCGUUAGGAUGUACCCAAUGUCGGUCAUACAAUUGUGAUGGUUUUCAAUGUGCAUAUAAACUUUCACAUCGUAAUCAUCAUGGGAAACGACGUCGCUAUAAAUAUAAAUGCGGUAAAUCUAAAUCACGCGUUGUAAUACUCUCAUGUGACUCAAAUUCUGAUAAAGAAAUUAUUCAAUCAAAUACACCACAUAGAAUAUCUUCUAGUGAUUCAGAAGAUGAAUCGGUUGAUCGAUCACUUUUAGUAAAAUUAAAUAAAGCCGUUCGUGUAAAUACUCCAGCAACGGAUCAAUUACAAACUAGUUUACGUACUCGUCUUAAGAAAAUGAUCGAUCACGAUGAAGGGAAAUCUAGUGAUUCAGAAUAUGAAUUAAUGGAAUUAAGAAAGUUAGCGUUAGAAUCGAAGCUACGAGAAUGUGCUAAGCAUGAAAAAUCUGAUGAUAAUGAAAUAAUUAAUUUAUCAGAUGCAGAAACGUUUAUACCAAUUGAAAGUACCGAAACGACGCCGACGCCUAAAUCAGAAGUACCUAGUGUUGUUACAGAUACAGAUAUUAGUUCUACUAAAGAUGAUAUUACCGAUGCAGAAGCACAGCAAUUAAGAUUAGAUGCAUUACGUUCAGCAGUUCUAAAAAAGCAUGAGUUACGGCGGCAAAAACAAAAUAUUUCUUGCGAUAAACAAACUAAAAUUAUUAAACCUGAUACUUCACAUGAGCCUGAUGAUGUGUCAAUACAAAUUAAGACUGUUAUCAAUGAUUUAUUAGACUAUAUAAUAACCGAUAAUAAUAGUUCUGAUAGCAGUAUUUCAAAUGAAAAUAAAAAUGAAGUAUCCGUGGAAAAUAAUAAAGAAAAUGAAGAGAAUCCAAGUCCACAACCUGUACCUGUAAAAUCGCUUGAAACACCAUCUAAAACCGUUGAUGAGGAUGAAGAUAUAUUGCGAGCAAUGUUACUUACAUCAAUAGCAAAGAAAAUAUCUGAAGAAAACAUACCAAAACAAGUGCCAGAACAGCAAAAUACUGUAAAAACAUUAAAAAAUCAAAAGACUAUGAAAACUCAAACAUAUCAAAAGCCUGAUAAUCACAAAAAUAAAACAGUAAAUGUGCAUGUUAAACCUCUAGUAAUAAAUGUAGGAGAAGAUUCAGAAACUGAUGAAGACAGUCCAGUUAAAUCAAAAAAUGAUGUAUCUAUUCAUUUCGAAAGAAGUUUAUCACAAUUACUAAAAGAAGCGCGUGCAAAUGCGGAGAAACAACAAGCAACAUCAUCAACAACAAAAAUGCCAUCCGCUGUACAACGGUUGCCAGAAUCAAGGCAAGCUGAAUACUUGCAGUUAAAAAAUAGAUUGGAACAACUCAAGCAAAAUCAAAAAGCCGUUACAAAAUUGAAUAAAUUACAGAAAAUGAAUAAAUUACCGACACAAAUUAAUUUGGUUAAAAAAAUACCAACCAUAGCUGAAGUACAAAAAAAUAUUUUAAACAAACCGCAACGUAUGUUCAGUAAAAAGUUGAAUCGAUUUACAGCGAACGAUUUUCAAUUUUUUAAUAAAAAUCGUGUAAAUCCAACAACUAAAGUUCUUUUACCAACAACCGAACAAAACAAACUCAUUAAAAAGACUGAAAUGGACGUAAAACCAAAUUCUUUAUCAAAUUUUAUUAGCCAGAAAAGGUUUUUGGAAGGUAAGUAUAAAGAUUUGGCUCCGAUUGUGAAAAAGACAAAAGCUGCACGAUUGGCACGAGAUAAAGCCGGUGGAGAGGUUACAAAAUUAAUAGAAGAAUUAAAAUUGGCACGAGCUCGUUAUAACGAACAUCAUCAAACGUACAAGAAUUGUAUUCAACAAUAUCUUCUUCUGAAAGCGAAUAUUGAGGCUGAUACGACCACGCCACCAAUGGAAAAUCAUAAACGAGCCAAUGAAGAUAGUGUGUCAUUGAAUAAACGCCAGAAAAUCGAGGAUAAUUCAACAAUAAAAUCAAAUCCAACACCAACCAUUGAUAAAGUACAGGUACAACCAAGAGUGAUAACGGAGAAUUUGGAUGUAGCGGAAAAAGAAAUUUUACCAAAGGAAGAUGUUAUAAAUGAAGAAAAGGAAAAGAUUAGCGAUGAUACAACAUUGAAAGCUAAACGACGGAGUAUUGAUACAAAUCCAUUAAUUGAAGUAUGUCCGUUUGAUUUACAAGGAUCCUGCAGAGAUAGUGAAUGCAAGUAUCGCCAUUUGGGUAAUAAUGACUAAAUACUUCCGAAAAAAGCCUUUACGGCAUAAGAACGCAGUUGCGAUAAGUAUUUAUAUAAUUAUUAAUCAUUUUUUUCAAUCAUCUAAUCUUGUCCAAUAGAGAUAGUUGUUGGAUGGGAAUUUGAUGGGGCUGUGUCAUUUAUUUUUGGUAAGUGUUACUCUCAUACCUCUAACUUUAAAAACCCACCUUUUGUAUAUACGGUCUAUGUUCUUAGACACUAAUAUUUAAUUCAUAAAUCAUGUUUCUUGAGACUAAUGUGACGUCACAAAUUAGUGUUUAUUUCAAGUAGUAAAACUUGAUUUCAACUCAACUGGUUAACUUUGUUGAAAAAGGGCUUUUAAAAAGUCUAUAAUACAUUUACAUAAAAACAGUGUUUUUAAUCACCAGAAAGUUGUGUUCAUUUGUGUACAUAAAACUUGAAUUAAAACUG